ACCGAAUAUCCUCUUCCUGAGUUUUAUCUUGCCAAUUCAAUUCGCACCAUAUUAGUCGGAUUUCCUAAGCUUGUGUUUGAGGGGACUUAUCUUUUAAUUAAAGAUUGCUUGUUGAUUAAAAACGUCUCGCGGGAAGGAGGUUUCCAUAGAAACUUGCAAUUGUCAAAGACUUUUCUGGAAUGUUUGUCUUUUCCGGUUAGUCCUAAUUACAUUAUCGUGACGGCUCUAAAAACAAGUUAGGAACUAAUUUGUUCAUAUUGGCCCGCAUAAUGUUACUUCGCCUGUCCUUUCUGCCUCCCUUCCACAAGUCUCUCUCCGUAAACGCGUUAGAUGGCAACAUUGCUGAAUUUUCCUAUAGUAUUGAUCUCUAAAUUGUCUGGUUCCCACGAUUUAACGUUUUCCCCCUUCUUUUAUGUCAUGCUUCGUUUUCCUUACGGAUUCCUUUCAACCGACAGAGCUUUUGAGGCUAGGAACCAAUCGUGAAUCAAUACAAUGUUAAGAAUAAAGCCACCGUCGGAAUGGAAUUUAAAUAAGCACGCACACAUGGACAUUUAGCUCUCCAGUAAUGAAGACUUAACUAUACUGACCGGAAGUGCGGUUCGGAGAACUCGUUAACAAGCGGACGGUUUAAUGUCAGUGAUGGGGAAGGUGACAUUGAUCUGAGGCCAAUACAGAUCUAAAACUAGCUGGGAAGUCUGCACCAAUUUCUCCAAUGAGAAUUACAAGAGAUGCAUUUCUGGAUCACCGUGACACGGAGCACAAAUACAUUAAGACGAACGUUGCAUCUCCUAAUGUACUUCUCUGCCCUAACUUAUUCUAGGAAACAUUGCAAACUAGCGUGAUUUAUUCCAUAUCGCAAAAUGCAAGCGAAGGACUUGCUGGUCUUGUAUUGGAAAGAUAAAUCAAGCUGUCAGAAAUAUAUGCGAAUACUAUCUGUGAUGUAAGCUAAUUAACCCUGAUGUCAUCCCUUUUGUCGAAUUAUAGCUGUUUAUCGAGAUAAAAACAAAUCGGUAGACAAGAAUGAAAGAGGGAGAUUCAUAUAAAUAACAGUUAUUUUCAAAAUGGACCCAUAUUUCACAAGGUAAUAAAUUGUGAAUUAGCGGAAUAAAGGCGUUUUCAUAUAGCAUCGCGUCCAGAUAGUGUUUCUUAUGUUCCAACCGUAAUAGGUUCUCUCGAGUUGUAUAUAAUUAUAACGUGUGCAGCCGAUGUAUUUGUGAUGUUCAUAUAAGUGCGCACCAUCUAGGAACUCCAAUGGGAAUUCGAUAUGAAAAUUAAAAGGAGCGCCCCGGUAGAACUGCUCGAUACUUUCACAAGUGCCACUAGAGAUCUUCGGAUAUAGCGGAGCGAUAAUAUUGGUCCUUGUGGGCACGACUUAGUGACUUUAUUAAAAUGGAGGGGAGAGUGACAUAUUGACAAAAUGAUUGCAAAUCGAAUAAAAACUGUCGAUAUACACGGGAAUACAGAUCAUGGGGAUGCUAUAUGGGAAAAUUGAAAGAAGUGUCUAUCGGAUCCAAUAAAACGUUUUAUAUGCAAUAAGAUCUUUGUGAUUUGUGCAAUGUAUCCCAGAUUGGUGUCGAGCACGCAGUGGCACUGAAUUAGUUCAUCAGGAUUUCGACCAUAUAUGAUAUAAGCACCGAACAGUUGAUUCAUCUUGCAGUGUCAAGAUGAAUGCGUACAUGAAAAUGACGACAAGUCACCUAACAGUGGACUCGGACUAUCAAAGAGUGAAUUUGGUCGUUUUAGGGGCUCCUGGUGUUGGAAAAUCAUCCAUCGUCCGUCAGUUUGUUUCCAAUGCAUUUGAGGAGGAAUACCACCCGACAGACGAAAAACAGAUCUAUUAUCCAUCUGUCAUCAUCAAUGACCACCUUUAUGAGCUGAAGAUCAUCGACUGUCCAUACAUUCCGUAUUUCCCUGUGAACUCCCUGUAUGAGUGGACAGACUAUCGCGGUUAUGGCCUGCGAAAUGCAUCUGCAUACAUACUUGUUUAUGACAUAACGGCCGAAGAGAGCUUCCAUUAUAUCAAAAAUCUUCGGGACCAGAUUCUUGAAAGUAGGGAUAUGCACGAUAUACCUCUAUUUGUGGUGGGCAAUAAAUAUGAUUUGUCCGAAGACAGGGGCAUUUCGCGUCGAGAAGUCGCGAGCUUGGUUAAGAAACAUUGGAAAUGUGGAUAUAUUGAAUGCUCAGCCAAAUAUAAUUGGCACGUCAUCUUGCUAUUCAAGGAACUUAUGAAAACAAUCGAUUACAUUGACUACGGACAUAAACCUACAUCAUUACGAGUUCAAGACGCUCUAAGAAACAAUAGAUGUGUGAUUUUGUGAUAUUGAUUGCAAUGACAUUUUGCUGUCCUUUCCAUGAGUCUUUCUCUGCGGAAGAGUUCACAACAUGGGCUCCAUACAUCAUUCGGAUCUAUGUCAAACCACCAGUUCGUUAUCGCUGAUAUGCAAGUUCUAUAUUUCCCAAACUCUUACAACGAAAUUUCCGUCAUUCGAGUAAAAGAAACAUUUUGAAUUUAAACAUUACAGUUGCAUUUUAAGUUUUUAAACAUAACACUCAUUGAACAAUAACAACAUUAUAUAUUGCAUAUGUUUUUCCGUUCUCAAAUUAUACUAUGAUGAAAAUACAUGCCCUGUGUACACAUGCAAUAAGUAUGUUAUCAAGUUCUCUUUCUU